AUGGAAGAUGCCCUGGCCCGGGCAGUGAUCCAAAUAAGAUGGGAGGAAGAUGAGAUAAACCGAGAAGUUCACUUCAGAUACGACUCGAGGCGGAAUGAUAGGAAGCCAGAGCACAGAUCGGUGGAGCACCACUACCAACCCCCAACACGUAAUACGAGCAGAGUUAGAAAACCAUAUGAUCGCCAGCCUGCGAGAACCGCGAACAGACAGUUCGGAUCGAACCGAUACAAAAUACCAGAGUACAACCUCAACUUCGAAUCGACCCAGGUCGUCGCGAUUAUGAAAGGAAUGGGAUCCACCGUCAAGUGGCCGGGCAAGCUCAAUCCCGAGGUAAGGAAAGACACGACCAAGUGGUGCGAGUUCCACGACGAUCAUGGGCACAACACCGCUGACUGCGUCGCCUUAUGGCUAGAGGUCGUUGCACUUCUGAAGAAGGGACAACUCCGAGAUCUGCUAACCGAUAAGGGGAAGAAUAUCGUUAGCCAGAAAAGCUCAAAAGAACCAUCACCACCUCCGCGGGAACCCACACCAAAAGGGUUCUGUUCGCUCAUCUCCAGAGGAUCAGAGAUUAGUGGGGUAAGUUACUCAUCAGCCAAGCGAUAUACCAAAGCCAACCAUCACCAUGAAGUCCAGUCCAUUCAUCCGGUCUCACGGUCACACAUUCAUCAGUUAAUUCAAUUUGAAGAUGAUGAGCCGGUCACCUUGGUCGUUCCUCAUCAUGAUGCUCUAGUCGUCUCCCUGCAGAUCGCCAACAUCCUAGUGAAAAGAUUAUUCGUAGAUUGA